CCGCAAGGCUCGGGUAGGCUCCGGAUCUCGCCGAGCCAUUUCGGCCGCCAAGUGUGGGGAUGAAAGUGGCCUCGGGCUCGGUGCCGACAAAUCAGGCCUGCAGGGAGGGGAGGAGAGAGAAGGGGAGCGGCCAGCUCACUGGCCUACGGGCACCUCCACCCGCACCCCCGCCGGCCCUCCUCUUCCCCGCCCCGCGUGCACCGCCGCGUCCCGGAGCGCCGCAGUCCGGCCGAGCGAAGAGAGCUUGGAGUAGGGGGCCGUGAGCGCCCCCGCCAGAGUGGCCUGGCUGCAGGUGGCAAGGAAGCCGCCGCAACGCCUCUGCGAGGAAGGACGUGCCAGCCGAAGCAGCCUCUGGCAGAGAGACGCGACGCGCGUGGGAUUGCGGAGCACCGGAGGGAGGCUGAGGGUGCGGGCGUCGCGGGAUCCUUGAAGACGGCCGCUGCACCUCCCGCCAUCCCGGAACGCACGCGGCCGCCGGGGCUGCGGGACCGAGGACCGCGCCGCCCGGAGGCCGCCCGAGCGCGGGCCUCUCUGCCCCGCCGUCCAGCGCCCCCUGGCCCGCUGCCGCCGCCAGCCCGCCUGCUCUUCCUGGAGUCCGGGACAUGAACGGCUACGGCUCCCCCUACCUGUACAUGGGCGGCCCGGUGUCGCAGCCGCCGCGGGCGCCCCUGCAGCGCACGCCCAAGUGCGCGCGUUGCCGCAACCACGGCGUGCUGUCCUGGCUCAAGGGCCACAAGCGCUACUGCCGCUUCAAGGACUGCACCUGUGAGAAGUGCAUCCUCAUCAUCGAGCGGCAGCGGGUCAUGGCAGCGCAGGUGGCGCUGCGCAGGCAGCAGGCCAACGAGAGCCUCGAGAGCCUCAUCCCGGACUCCCUGCGCGCCCUGCCGGGACCCCCGCCGCCGGGGGACGCCGCCGCCGCCCCGCAGCCGCCGCCGACCUCGCAGCCUUCUCAGCCGCCGCCGCCGCCGCCGCCGCCGCGCCCCGCAGCCGAGUUGGCUGCGGCCGCCGCGCUGCGCUGGGCCGCCGAGUCCCAGCCCGGGACGUUGCAGGCGCCCCUCGCCAAGCCAGAUCUGACUGAAGAACGACUGGGGGACAGCAGCUCGGCUGAUAACACAGAGACCUUCAGUGACAAAGACGCCGACCAGAGGAGCUCCCCGGAUGUGGCCAAAAGUAAGGGCUGCUUCACCCCCGAGAGCCCCGAGAUCGUGUCGGUGGACGAAGGCGGCUACGCGGUCCAGAAAAACGGCGGGAACCCGGAGAGCCGCCCCGACAGCCCCAAGUACCACGCGGAGCAGAACCACCUGCUGAUCGAGGGCCCCUCGGGGACCGUGUCCCUGCCCUUCAGCCUGAAAGCCAACAGACCGCCCCUGGAAGUGUUAAAAAAAAUAUUCCCCAACCAGAAGCCGACGGUGCUGGAGCUGAUCCUGAAGGGCUGCGGGGGCGACCUGGUGAGCGCCGUGGAGGUCCUUCUGUCCAGCCGCUCUUCUGUCUCCGCGGCGGCAGACAGAACUGCGGCCGAGCCCGAGGGGCUGGUGCUGCCCUCCAACGGCCACAUCUUCGAACACAGCCUGAGCUCCUACCCCAUCUCCUCGUCCAAGUGGUCCGUGGGCUCGGCCUUCAGGGUCCCGGACACGCUGAGGUUUUCCGCCGACUCCAGUAACGUUGUCCCCAACCCCUUGGCGGUCCCCCUGCAGCACCCCUUCCCCCAGCCGCCCCGCUACCCGCUGAUGCUGAGGAAUACCUUGGCGAGGAACCAGUCCAGCCCCUUUUUGCCCAACGACGUCACCCUGUGGAACACGAUGACGCUGCAGCAGCAGUACCAGCUGAGGUCCCAGUACGUGGGCCCCUUCCCCACUAACUCAGCCGGCGUCUUCCGGAGCUCGCCUGUCCUCCCCGCGCGCGCCCCCGAGGACCCCCGCAUCUCCAUCCCCGACGACGGCUGUCCAAUCGUGGCCAAGCAGUCCAUCUACACCGAGGACGACUACGACGAGCGGUCCGACUCCUCGGACUCCAGGAUACUCAACACAUCCUCUUAAAGGGCUUACCUGCCGGGUGGGGACCAGGUGACGUUUUCUGUGCAUCUGCCCCUCCCCCACACCCCCCUCCCCCUCGCGAGGAGAGGUCACGACCUGUGUAUACCCCCCUUUCCUUCUGUUUCACAAAGUGACUGUGCUUGAUUCUAUACCUUGGCAAUAAAAAAACAAACAAACAAACACAUAACUUAUUUAAUUUCUUGCACUUCAUUGGAAAAUGCCAAAUAGCUCUACUCUGUGGCUUUAGUGCUGAAUGUGUAUUGUAAAAGAGAGUCUGAUGCUAAGAAUAGUCUUGGGAGAAGCCGGGUCCACUGGAAGAUGUUAUUUGGGGAUGUAAGGCUGAAGGUCAGCCUCCUUCCUCAACUCAACCCGGAAUGUCCGAUAAAAUAGUAUACUUGAAUGCAGUUUUGUGAAAGAGGAUUCCUCAGGAUAUGUAAAGCCUCAAGGAAAUGGUUUAGUUGCAAAUGGACUCGGAACAGGGACCUUAUAUUCUUAUGCUAAAAAUCCUUCUUGCAUAUUUGAGAGAGACUGCACUUGAGAAUAGAGUGAACUGCUCACAUGCUUAUUUAAGCUUGGACGGUUUUCAGAGACAAACUCCAUUAAGAAUUAAUUCUUUUCACAUGGCUGAAUUGACACAUGCGUCAUGUCGAUGUAAACCCAAAUCACAGCUGUGAACUGCAUGAAAUGUAUUGUGAAAUGAACACAAGAUAAAGCUUUGUCAGGUUAUUGUAGCAUGCUGAGGGCUCUAGAAAAAAAAAAAUAAACUAAGGAGAUGA